AUGUUGAGAGCUUACAUUGGCGUCGUAGCCUUGGCUGGCAGGCUCACAGCUGCCUCCGAAUUAUCUUGGGAUCCUCCUUCACUUGUUCCCAAGGACGCUAAUUACGAACUAGUAUCGAACAGCAGUGGAAUUGUACCGUGCGAUGCUCUGAGAGAAGCAGGCCUUGGGGACCGACUACUUUUCGCGACAGACGCAGGUUACGAGCCUCAGAUACAGUCUUGGUAUUCGGAAAACGCCCGUCUGAGACCCAGCUGCCUUGUUUUACCACAUAACACCGAGGAAGUAGCUACGGCAUUAACGGCACUGGUUAAGGCCAACAACGGCGGAGGCGAUUGGCACAUCGCCGUGCGCAGCGGCGGACACGGCUUCCCCGGAAGUAAUAACAUUGCCAAUGGCGUGACUAUCGACUUGACAAUGAUGAAUUCGUCGACCUACGAUCCGGAGACCAAACUCGCCAAGAUCCAACCAGGAGGCCGAUGGCGCAACGUGUAUGCAGACUUGCAGGAGGCUGGUGUGGUCGUAACAGGGGGUAGAGACGGUGAUGUUGGUGUUGGUGGCUUUCUCCUAGGAGGUGGUAACUCCUUCUUCUCGGGAAGGGUGGGAUUUGGCUGCGACACUGUCAAGAACUUCGAGGUCGUGCUGGCCAAUGGCACUGUCAUCAACGCCAACAGCACAGCGAAUUCGGACUUAUGGCGAGCUCUCAAGGGUGGCAGUAGCAACUACGGCAUCGUCACGCGAUACGACAUAGAAGCCUUCCCGACGCGAGAUCUGUACUAUGAAAAACGCACCAUGAGAUUGAACUAUUCGGAUUCCGUCAUUGAUGCCGUGGUCGGAUAUGCCAAUCAAGACCAGUCUUUCGCCGACAAUGCCUUUUUUACCUUUUGGAGCCAUAACGCUUCGAUUAUCCCCGAGACACUUGUUAGUACGAUUUACGUUAACACACAGGGAGAUGGCAAUGCAACUUCAGCCUUCGACAAAGUUAGAAGUCUCCCAGCCCUAUCCAAGGCCGCCACUGUCCAGAACAUGGCAGAAGCUGCCAAUGGCGCCCAGCUAGUCGGUGGUACCAAGAAUGUCGGAACAACGUUGACUUUCCGCAACAAUCCACAAAUACUCCGUCAGACCGUUGAACUUCACGAAGAUUUCAUUAAGCGGCUCAGCAAUCUCAUCGACCCAAAGAAGUUCACGACGAUGGUUUUCUUCCAGCCUAUUCCUUCUUAUAUGGCGACUAUUGCCCAGCAGAAAGGUGGUAACAUGCUCGGACUAGAAAGUCUCGGGGGCAACGCCAUCAUGUUCACCGCCGGUGUCGCAGUUAACUCCGACGACAAGGAUUUAGCCAUAGCAAAAGCAGAGGUGGCUAUGCUAACAGCGCAGGUUAAAGAAAUCUCAAAGUCGUUGAACGGAGACCUGGACUUCAUUUACCUGAACUACGCGGAAUCCAUCCAGGACCCCCUUGCGACCUAUGGCGCCGAGAAUAUUCAGCACAUGCGGGAUGUCGCCGCAAAAUAUGACCCUACCGAAGUGUUCCAGAAGCGCAUCCCCGGAGGUUUUAAGAUUUCUAGAGUGGCAUGAUGCA